AUGUCUGCUAAUAACAACCACCCUCAGAAGAACAUUGGCGCUCCUUCCCCUUUUGGAAACUCCAUGUCCGUAAAUCCUUCGGCCCAGCAACAACUGGGACCUGGCUUCCCCGGCCAGUUCCAGUUUUCUGAAGCACAAGUCCAAGCCCUCGCCCAGGCCCAGUCCAAAGCUCAAGCACAGGCCCAGGCACAUGCCCACGCACAAAUGAUGGCGGCCCACGCGCAGAUGCAGGCUCAACUGCAAGCCGCUCAGGGGCUCUCGUUCAACCAGGGCCUUCCUGGUGGGAUCCCCAAUCUUGGCUCCCAGUCCCCAUCCGUUUCAGGUGCCGGGAAUCCCAGCGCUAAGCGGUUCCCUCAAAAACCGCCUGUCCGGCCCCCGAAUUUCCCAACUCCCAACAUGGCCUCACCAAUGAGGAUGAUGGAUGCCUCGCCUGCCGCUCGCCGGAAAAAGCAGAAGCUUCCAGAAAAACAGCUCCAGGAGCGAGUUGCGGCCAUUUUGCCCGAGUCAGCUCUAUACACUCAGCUUCUUGAGUUUGAAUCCCGCGUGGAUGCUGCUCUCAUCCGGAAAAAGAUCGACAUCCAAGAGGCCCUAAAGACACCGUCCUAUAUCCAGAAAACCCUCCGGAUUUAUGUGUUCAAUACUUUUGCAAACCAAAUCCGCACAGUCCCCAAGAAACCAAACGCUGAGCCUCCCACAUGGACCCUCAAGAUCGUGGGGCGGCUUCUGGAAGAGGGUGUGGACCCGGACCAGGCGGUGGGUCCUGCCAUGGCCCAGAAGCAGAACCCCAUGUAUCCGAAAUUCUCGUCAUUCUUUAAGCGGGUCACGAUCACGCUUGACCAAAAGGUGUAUCCGGACAACCACCUGAUUAUAUGGGACGGGGCCCGGUCGCCCGCCCCUCACGAGGGGUUUGAGGUCAAACGAAAGGGGGAUCAAGAGUUCACUGCCAGCAUAAGGCUGGAGAUGAAUUACACGCCUGAGAAGUUCAAGCUCUCAGCAGCCCUGACCGAUCUUCUGGGUAUUGAAGUUGAAACUCGUGCGCGGAUCAUGGCGGGAGUUUGGCAUUAUGUGAAGGCUCGAAAACUCCAGUGCCCCGAUGACCCUUCAUCUUUCAACUGUGAUCCUCCACUCCAGAAGGUGUUCGGGGAAAGUAAAAUCAAAUUCACAGCUGUCACGCAGAAAAUCACGUCCCACCUUUUCCCUCCUCAGCCGAUACAUUUGGAGCACAGGAUUAAGCUCCAGGGAAAUAGCCCGGUUGGGUCCGCGUGCUAUGAUGUUCAGGUGGAUGUCCCUUUUCCUAUACAGAGGGAGUUGAAUGUUUUGCUAGCAAAUACCGAGAAGACUAAGGAGAUAGAUGCUUGUGAUGAGGCGAUCUGUGCCGCCAUAAGAAAGAUACACGAGCACAGGCGGAGGAGGGCUUUCUUUCUCGGAUUUAGUCAGUCACCGGUUGAGUUUAUUAAUGCUCUGAUAGAUUCACAGAAUAAGGAUCUGAAGGCAAUUGCUGGGGAGGCUAGCCGUAAUGCUGAGAAAGAGCGCCAUUCGGAAUUCUUCAACCAGCCAUGGGUUGAGGAUGCUGUUAUUCGCUACCUUAACAGAAAGCUGCCGGCUGCAGAUGCCUCUGAGACCAUCUAG